AUGCUACUCCUCGUGAGUCGCGGACUCGUUGUGUCAGUGAAGCUCAAGACACAGACAGCGCCUAACCUCGACUUUGGUUAUCAAAUUUGUUACCGGUUAAAAAAUAUGAGGUGCCUAGCCGUUUUCCUGGCGGCGGUUCUGCUCCCCGAUGCGGUCCUCCUCCAAGAGCUGGACCCGAACACCGCCGAGUGGUUGGCAACCAUAACUAACCUUUCCAAUGGCGAAGAACCGAAGGCAACGAAUAAUGGGGUAGACGAAGACACAAAAGAAUUUUUAUCAGGCAUCGGAAACGAACUUUUGGAGAAAGAGGUGAAGAAAACAGCGACACCUGAACUCAACCGGGAAACGUUGGAUUGGCUGAACCGUGUCGUGCAGGGCUGGAACACCACGACCACGACCACGACCACGACCACGACCACGACCACCACCACAAGCACCACCACCGAGUCUGCGAGCUCCCCUCAGAACAGAUUCGCCACGGACGACCCCAAUCUCGAUCCGGACUUCUCAGACACCAAAACAUGCACCACGGAGGACGGCUUGCCGGGCCGCUGCGUCAGCUACCACCAGUGCGACUCGCAAGGGAUUAUAGACAACACGACGCUUAUCGACCUCAGGGACGGCAGCUGCCCCCACUACCUGCAGAAGUGUUGCCUCUCGUCGGAGUUCAUCAGGAGCUCCACCAAGGCCCCACCUGCGGCCGCAACCGGCAAGUGCGGCUGGAGCAACCCUGGCGCCAGCAUCUUCCGCGUCAAGGACAGCGACAACAUCAACAGGAGGACCUACGCCGACUUCGGGGAGUACCCGUGGAUGGUCGCCUUGAUCAUGAAAGGCGGGGAUCCGGACACGUGGUCGCAGAGGCAAUAUCUGGGCGGAGGCACCAUAAUCCAUCCUUCAGUUGUGAUCACGGCCGCUCACAAAGUGAACCGAUACACAGCACAACAGGUGAAAUGCCGUGCAGGGGAAUGGGAUACUCAGACAACCCUAGAGCUCUAUCCACACCAGGAGAGGGACGUCAAGAAAAUUAUCACACACGAGGAGUUCUAUUUGACUCCCGCUUACAACGACAUCUCCAUGCUCGUGUUGGAAAAGCCGUACGAACUAAUGGACGCUCCGCACAUUGGUAUCGCGUGCCUCAGCUCGGCUCUGCCUGUGGUGGGCACCAAAUGCUACAGCAUGGGCUGGGGCAGGGAGUUCCAGGAGAAAGACAAAAACGCCGUCAUCCUGAAGAAGGUGGAGCUGCCGUACGUCGACGCCAAUACUUGCCAAGCCGCAUUGAAGAAGUCUAGACUGGGCAGCAGGUACGAACUGCACACAUCCCACCUUUGUGCUGGCGGUGUGGCGGGAGUAGACACGUGCAAGGGAGACGGCGGAUCCUCUCUGGUGUGUCCCAUCGAGGAGGGUCCUGAUGCGCAGAGGUUCGCUGUGUAUGGUAUGGUCGCGUUUGGCGUGGGCUGCGGUAACCCCCUGCCGGCUGUGUACGUUAACAUCCCGAAAUUGCACUCCUGGGUGGACACCAAGAUGGCCCAGGAGGGAUUCGGCACCUCCACCUACAAACCC